AUCUCCUUCUAGCGGCCUUCAUUAAGAUUCGUACUGGCUUUCGUUUGAAAGGAAGGUUGCAUACACUAAGGAGGAAGUGGAAUUAGGUGUUUAUGUAGAUUGCAACCUUUAACAUCCCAAGAUCGAACUAGUACCAUUCAACUCCAAUCGCCAUUCCAUCAAGUCAUCAAACAAAAGGAUUCCGAAAUCAUUCCAGGAACCGUAGUCGUACAUCGAUCUUCUUGUUGCGAGUUUCUAGUUGCCCGCCACCCCAUCUCUCAGCUUCUCCCUCAUCUGACACAACACCAUGUCUAGCGACCGAUCCACCACACAAGCUCCCGAAGCUUCGAAACAGCCAUUGGCCGUAGCGUUCUCAAUAGCGUCUGGGGAAUCAUCCCAUCAGGAUCCAGUAGUCCCGAAAUCCACACUUGCACCCGUGCCCGAUACUUUGAUCGAGCCGAACAACCAAAAGGAGGGAACGGCCAUCACUCUGCCUAUCAGCGCCACGCCGCCAAAUAUCAACGAUCAAAAUUCUACUGUGCAAGUAGAUCAAGCCGUAUUAGCCGACCCAACAAACCACACAAGUGAGGAUGUUACCCAAAUCACAGACGGAAAUAUCUCCGAUGUCAGUUUGGCAAACGUCCAGGAUACUUCACUUGAUAGCACAAGGCAAGGACCGUCAUUGGCGGACGAAAGAGAUACCUCAAUCGGAACGACUAAUCCAACAGACCCAACAGUCGACGUAGCGGAUGCCACACCGUUGCCCACCGAGGAGGAGGAGCAGCAGCAUCGCCGUCGUUUACUUGACUUCAUAGAGCAAGCCCAUGCACGUGGACAUCGCGACGCGGUAAUGAUGUUUACCCGGAUGUUAUACCCGGAGCUAAAUUCAUCCUUACCAGAGGAGCCUGUAUUGGAUCUUACUGGUCGUCGCCCUGCUCAAUAUAUCUAUUCACCAACAUCCCCAUACGGGUAUAGGAUACUCGAACAAGGCAUCUACUUCGUCCCCGGCUUGGUCGCUCCCUUUUCGGCAGAGGAUAUGAUCCACUGGCCUCAACCCGAACCUCACUUGCCUCAAAAUGAUCGGUUCAGAAAACUUAAGAAACAGAAGAAGAAAAAACGCAAACAAAGAUCUUACAAUCGUAAACUUAUGUAGGAUCACCUUUUUUUUCCUGCUUUUACUGGAUACAUUUUUUUUUAUCAAUCUUGCUCACUUUUUUUUUUCUUUAUCAUCAAAAAGAAUCACUCUUGUAUCAUUGCUCAUGAGACGCAUGUAAAACUGUAUAAAUCGAAGGUUUGUGUUUUGCUUCAUUUUACAUCAAGUCCAUCCAGUAAAUAAAUUAUCGAGCAGCUGUCUUAUGGAAUUUAACAGCACAUCUUGACUGCUGAUUAAUUUUUGGCGCAAUAGAUAUCUCAGCACUAAACUAGACAACAACAAAAUUAUUCUCUUCUCUCUUUGUCAUAGGAGUUAGGAACCCCAAACCUUCCCCUUGGGACAGUUGUCUCAAAUUCUCUGAAAUUAAAAUAUCAACACUGUUAUCAUUUUCCUUUUUUUUGGGGGGGGAGAAUUCAAUUUCACUAUCUGGGCUCUCAUAGUUAUUCACAUACUUCCAAGAAAUCUUGGAAAGGUCUCAAAAAACAAAACCCUUUUUUGACAUGGCUUCCUGUGCACUGUUUUUGCCCAAGUAUUUCCCAAUGUUCAAUGGCAAUGUAUGUAGCUUUCCAGUUC